GGCCCUUGACCCGGGAGGGAAAGCCCCGACUCCCGAGCGCCGCCCGCCUUCAGCCGCCGUUUUGCACCGGGAGUGGGCGGCGGCGGGAGGGAAGCCCUCCUGGGGCCGGGCUUGGGCCCGGGCGGGGCGGUGGCGGAGGGCGGGCCCCUCGGGCCGAGCGGGCCGUAACCUUCUGGGAGGGCAGAGGUGGGAAAGCCCUGGUUCGGAGGCUGGCGGCCGCGCGAGCCUUGGGCUCCUCGCCAGCCCGCUUCGAGACUUCGGCCGGUCGGUCCCUCUGGGCCGCGGUGUCCUCGUAAUUCUGGCAGUCCCAAGCUGGAUGCAGCGCGCUGCAGUAUCCGCCUUCUUCUGUACCAUCCAGGUCAGAGCUGACUAAGAAGUAUACAGAAGCCAAGUCAUGGAUCCACCUGCACGUAAAGAAAAAUCCAAAGUUAAAGAGGCUGUCAGCAGAGUUGAGAAGGCCAAGCAGAAAUCAGCCCAGCAGGAGCUGAAGCAAAGACAGAGAGCAGAGAUCUAUGCCCUCAACAGAGUCAUGACAGAACUGGAGCAGCAGCAGUUUGAUGAGUUCUGUAAACAGAUGCAGCCUCCUGGAGAGUGAGCUACCCCUGCGUUCACACUCGAUGGAACCCUUUGGGAGGCUUUGUUUGUGUGUUACCAGUCUUAAGCUGAGAUGGCCCAUUUGGAGCCUUACACAACUGGACAAGAAGACAUUUGUGUUAUUCCUAAAACUGGAUAAAUUGGAACUUCCUAUAUCUAACUUACUUCACUAGUUCCUCUGAUCUGAAUUGGCCCAUUGCUUGCUGAAGAGACUUGUUCUAUUCUUCCAAGACAAUAGAUUCUUUUUUUUUUUAACUUUUUCUAUUUUUUGAAAAAAACCUCAGUGUUUCUUGUGAAACUGUAAAUCUCCAAAACUACAAAUAAAAUACUAAUAA